AUGACGGGCAUCGAGCGCUAUGGGUCGUCGGGCGCGCACACGGUGGAGGGCAACGUGGCUGGGUCGCGCGCGGCCAAGCUGACCAAGCAGCGCGAGAAGCAGAAGCAGGAGUACGAGGCCAAGCGCCAGGAUAUCGAGAAGACGAACCGCCGAGGGACACGCAUCGACGCCAACUUCCAGUCGCACCAGGACGACGACGAGAGCGAGUUCAAGCGUCAAACGGUGGGGCUGGUGACGGCUGAGGAGUUCCGGAAGAAGCGCGAGGACCUGCAGAACCGCAAGAGUGCCCCAGUCGACCUGCAAUCGGAAGAGAAGCAGAAUGAGCCGAAGAAGAAGAAGAAACGAAAAGCCAAGAAGAUGGGACCGCUAUCGUUCGAUAUGGACGGCGGAGAGGAUGAAGCGGACGAAGAGCUGACUAUGAAGCCCAAGCGUGUAAAGAAGAGCAUCAAAAACCCUAAUGUGGAGACGGAUUUCUUGCCGGAUAAGGAACGUGAGAAGGAAGAAGCUCGCGAGCGCCAGCGGCUGAAGGAGGAGUGGGAAGCGGAGCAAGAGCGAAUCAAAAAUGAGAACGUCGCUGUGACCUACAGUUACUGGGAUGGCUCUGGUCACCGACGGGAGAUUACGGUCCCAAAAAAGACUACAAUUGGCAAGUACCUGGGGCUUGUUAAGCAGCAGUUAGUGACUGAGUUCGCCGAGUUGCGUGGUGUCGGGGCCGAAAAUUUGAUCUACAUCAAGGAAGACCUCAUCAUCCCCCACCACUACUCUUUCUACGAUUUAAUCGUGACCAAGGCGCGUGGAAAAAGUGGCCCUCUUUUCCACUUCGACGUGCACGACGACGUCCGUCUUGUGCAGGACCGACGUGUUGAGAAGGACGAGUCUCACCCAGGCAAAGUUGUCGACCGUCAUUGGUACGAGAAGAACAAACACAUCUUCCCCGCCAGUCGAUGGGAAGUGUACGACCCAAGCGUUGUUCGCGAGAAGUACUCUAUUCAUGGAGACUAA